CCUAGUUCACUAUAAAUGAGUAGUAUGCAUCAACCCCUAGUUUGAAAUUCCAGCCUAUCAUUGCGACAGUAAGAUUACGGAUGCAGUUAUACUAUCAAAACUUGGGUUUUUAAACCUCAUUCACCAUCUUUAUUCAUAAUCAACAAUCACACACUUCUGCGGUUUCAGCGUUGCCUAAAUUGGGAAAAUAAGGCUUGACUGAGCGUCCAGUGUGACGGUAAACGAGUUACAUAUUAUUUAUCCACACGAAAAACGGAAGAAAAGUUUGAGAAAUUAAAACUGCUUUUCCAUUUUCCUCUAAAAUCUGAAGAUGCUAGUUAUUACAAAUAAAACUGGGGAAAUUAAUGAAAAUCAAACGCAUGCAGAUAUAUUCUGUAACUCCACUUUAACUGAACGGUUACAUAUAACUUAUCCUGCGAUGAAAGAUGGGUUUUAUGAAAAAAUUUCAUAGUAAAAAGCCUACUACAUCAAAACAAAAGAACACAUUCCUCUGGGAAAUUUCAACCAAACCAAUUUCCUAUCUCUUUGGUACACUGCAUGUUGCCUACACACAUGUUUGGUCUCAAGUUGAUCCUGUAGUUAAAGACAGUUUUGCACAGUCGGAUAUUGUAUAUUUUGAAUUAGAUUUAACCAAUCCUGUCACACUAUCUGAAUUGAGUGAUUGUCAAGUACUACCUAAAAAUGAAACAAUAGCAAAUUUACUUAAACCCGAUCUGAUUGUACGCUUAGAUCGAUACUUAAGUAACCUUCGGUAUAUGAUUGAUUCGUGGAUUGAACCAGAAAAAAAAGUGUAUGCAUCAUAUUUGUACGAAACUCUGACAAGAGAUUGGAAAGAGAAACGACCUAUAUGGCUCCUCUUAUUACUAAACAGCCUGACAAGAGGUGAAAUAUCCGAUCGUGGUGUACCGGUAUUGGAUUUAUUUUUGGCACAAGAAGCUCAACGUUUAGGCAAACAACAUGGUGCAGUUGAACAAGUGAAUGAUCAAUGCGAACCAUUGAACCGGAUAGAUGUUCAUAAGGUGACUUUUGCUCUUGAAAUCACAUUGAACAAUUUGGAAAGUAUCAAUCAACUAACAGAGAUUUCUAUCAAUUCUUCCAAUGAUUUUAGUAACUUUGUUUCCAAUCAUACAAUCGCCAAUAAAGUUUCAUUGAACACAUGGAAUAGCCGAAUAAAUCAAACCCUACAUACAAACUCAACACAGAAACAACUCACCGGACAAAUUUAUUCAGUAGUCCAACAGAACAAUUAAUUGAACAUUAUAAUUGUGGUGAUUUAAAUACUACAUUAUCUAGAAUGUAUUUACCGCAAACCAGAUCAUCAAAAUCCUUUUCUCCCACCCUAUCAUCAACUCAAGAAGUAUCAGCAACAACUGUACCUACUAUUGACACGCAUAAUAUCACUGCUAUAAUGACAAAGGGAUCAAGUAAUCCUACUGAAAAAGCCAACAUUGAAAAAAUAAACAGUAUCACUAAACAAUAUAACAACCAGAAUAAUUCAUCAUCAAUACCACCAUCAGGUUACUUUAUUGACGCAGAAAUUACAAAAGUACUUACUUCAAGUCAAAUUCAAACACUAAUUGAGUUGGAGAAUUACUUAAACGAAGAAUUGAUAGUAAAACGUAAUGAACGUAUGGCACAAGAAAUAAUCAACAAGUUAAAACUUGCUGAGAAAUUGAAUCAGUCAGCAUUUUUUGCGUUAGGCGCAGCACACUUUCUUGGAAAUGGAGAGACCAUUAUUGAUCACUUGAGAACAGCUGGUUUCACAGUUACUCCAGUCCCUCGUCAAAGUAUAAUGAAAAAUGGAGGAAGGAUGAAUCACAUAUCAGAAAAGCCAUUAAAAUUCGAAAAAUUCAAUAAAUUAUUGAAG